AUGUAGCAGCAGCAAGCGCCGAAGAAAAAAGCGACCAAAGGUAGCAAGCAGAUCGUGGAGGAAAAUGCAGCCACGGUUAAAUUUUACCGAAACAUGUCGAUGAUCGCGACGGGCGUACAUUUCCUGGGGUUUGCCGUUUAUGCCGAGCUUUCUACCCUCGCAGUGAUCAUGACGAUCCUUUGUCUGGUGGCACACGUGGGCAGCUUUUACUUUAUGUCGCUGGUAAGCAAACCGAAACUCACCGAGAAGGGGGACAUUAUAGAAACUGGGACGGACCUAAACAUCGAGGGAGGAAUCACGGAGCACGUAAAAGACAUCGUCAUAUUGACCUCGGGAACGCAGCUGGUUUCGAUUCUGUCGGAAUACUUUUGGCUACUGAUGCUGCUGCUACCCAUACGGGCUGGCUGGUUGCUGUGGAACACCGUCGGGAAACAGUUUUUCCAGGGUGAUCCGGCCGAAGAGGCACCGGUGAACGAUAAAAAGCAGAAGAAAAUGAUGAGGAAAAUGAACCGUACGAGGCAAUAUUGAGGGCUGUGAUGCGGCGGGAGAGACGUGCCGGGUGCCGUUCGGGAACAAACAAACUACACAGACACAACUGGAAAUAACAGGAAAUAGCAUACUGUCUACCGACAAAACAAUGGCCUAUCGUCAUCAUUUCUUAACCAACCACGGGACCACCCCCCUGAGGUCCCGAUUGCGCUAACUCUAGUCGUAAACGGGUCGAUUCGUCGUACAUUAAGCGAAACGGAGUACUGUUUGUUAUCGUUUUUGUUUUUAUUAGACUGAAUAUAAAUAAUUACCAUGCUUGGCUCGAAGCGGCUGAGUGAAUGGUGAAAACCA